AUGGACGAAAAUGGCGGAGACGCAAUGGAAACCGAUACCAACAACAACAACGGCACCGUCGGAAAGUGUCUGAGCAGCUUCGUAGACGACGGCACCGUUGAGAGCCACCGCAACUACCUCUCACGCAGAACCCUCUUAGAAAUGCUCAGAGACAGAGACAGAGUCUACGAUGUCUUCAUUUCUGAAAUUGAUCUCACUCUUCGUCAGUUUCGUGACCUCCAUGGUAAAGAUAUCGACGUUGACCGUAUUCGAAUCAGUGCUUCUCAUGUUUCCGAUCCUGAAAAUAAGUGGAUAUUGGUUGAAACAGUGGCAUUGACAAGGCUUUCGCAGAGCAAGUUGUUUCCUCUAAGGUUUGAUGCGGAUGUUAAUGACAUGAGGUGA